GGGCCCCGGGGCCGCCACUCACAGCCUUGUCAGCCCCCCGCCCAGCCCGUCAUUCUGUCGGUCAGUGAGUCCGGCUCGGCGCGCGCGCGCCCGUCACUCAGUCAGCCCUCCAGCCGGUGACAGCGGCAGCCAGGCAGCACCCACACAUUCUCUAGCUCCCCUCCCUCGCUCUCUCCCGCCCACAAGUCGGGCCGUCGGUCUCCGGCCAUCAGUCCGUCCGUCUCCCCUCGGGCGCCCGGCGGCCAUGGCGCUGAGCGAGCCUAUCCUGCCGUCCUUCGCCACGUUCGCCAGCCCGUGCCGGGAGCGCGGCUUCCAGGAGCGCUGGCCCCGCACCGAGCCCGAGCCCGGCGGCGCCGACGAGGACCUCAAUAGCGUGCUCGACUUCAUUCUCUCCAUGGGGCUGGACGGGCUGGGCCCCGAGGGCGCCGCGGCCCCCGAGCCCUCGGCCGCCUUCUACCCGCCGCCGCCCCCCGGCUGCUAUCCGGAGCCCCCAGCGGCCGCGGCCCCACCGCAGCAGCAGCAGCAGCAGCAGCCGCCCCCCUACGGGCUGGCGGCGGCGCCCGAGCCCCAGCCGGCCCCGGCCCCGGGCGCGCUGCAGGGCCGCUUCCUGCUGGCCCCGUCCGCCUUCGGGGGCUUCGCCGACGGCAUCAAGGCUGAGCCCGAGCUGGACGGCGGCGCCUUCGCGGCCGCCCUGGGCCGGCCCCCUCGCUGCGUGAAGCGGGAGGGCGGCGGGGCCUGCAUGCUGGGCCCCGGGCCCGGCCCCGACACGCCCCCGCUCAGCCCCGACGGCCGCAGCCCGCUGCAGGACGCCCACCCGCGGCUGGCCGCGCCGCGCCCCUUCGGGCCCCCAGGCGCUUUCGGCCCCGCGGCGGCCGCCGCCGCCGCCGCCUUCCCCGGGCCACCCCAGCUGCACUACCCCGCGGGCCCCUUCGGGCUCUUCGACGAGGGCCUGGGUCUGGCGGCCGCCGCCGCCGCGGGGCCCGCAGCCCGGGGGCUGCUCACGCCCCCCUCGUCGCCCCUGGAGCUGCUGGAACCCAAGCCCAAGCGCGGCCGGCGCUCGUGGCCCCGCAAGCGGACGGCCACGCACACGUGCAGCUACGCGGGCUGCGGGAAAACGUACACCAAGAGCUCGCACCUCAAGGCGCACCUGCGCACGCACACAGGUGAGAAACCCUAUCACUGUAAUUGGGAUGGCUGCGGUUGGAAAUUCGCCCGAUCAGAUGAGCUAACCCGGCACUACAGAAAACACACGGGGCACCGACCCUUCCAGUGUCACCUCUGCGACAGAGCCUUUUCCCGGUCUGACCACCUGGCCUUGCAUAUGAAGAGGCAUAUGUAACUGGGCUCCAACCCAGGCAAGCUUGUAGCUGGCACUACACGCUGAGCCUUGAGCCAGGGACCUCUCUGAACUCUUUUCUCCCAGAAUGUGACUGGUAUUUAUUGGGCUUUUGUGAAAGGCUAUCGUCCAGCAGGACUGUACUUGUACAUAGGGCAUUUCCCCUCAUUGGACCCUGACCACAGACUUAAAAAGAGGUUUGUGCAUUGGAAUCCCUGACGCUGACCCCAGUGGGACUGAGUGCCGGUUGAAUCGGACAGUUUUGUCUGAUUUUCGAUCUCACCUAAAAGGCAUGGUUUGAGAAGAUUCCCUACUUCUUGACGAAUUUUGUAUUCAAAAUGGUGCAAUAGUAUCCUUAUACUCUCAGCCAUGGUCUACACUAGUACAAGGCUUGAUGUCUUGUAAGUAACAUAGCCUUAACUUUACUGCCUGAAAUGUUGGAUAAUGUAAAUAUUUGGCAAGUAUUGUAAUAAUGUAAAUAUACAAGGACAAAUGGGCAUUUUUGCCUGUUUCUGUUUUAUAUGAAAAUGAUUUCUCAGUUUUUAAAAAAAAAUAAAAACAAAUGUUUUGCAUCUUUUAAAGAAUGUU